GCGGCCGGGGCGGGGCCGCGGGGCAUUGUGGGUCGCUGCACUGCCGCUGCUGCCUCGCCAUGUCGGGCUCCCCGGUAAAGCGGCAGAGGAUGGAGAACGCGCUGGACCAGCUCAAGCAGUUCACCACCGUGGUGGCCGACACGGGCGACUUCCACGCCAUCGACGAGUACAAGCCCCAGGAUGCCACCACCAACCCGUCCCUGAUCCUGGCGGCCGCGCAGAUGCCCGCCUACCAGGAGCUGGUGGAGGAGGCCAUCGCCUACGGCAAGAGGCUGGGCGGGGCACAGGAGGGGCAGAUCCAGAACGCCAUCGACAAGCUCUACGUGCUGUUUGGGGCUGAAAUACUGAAGAAGAUUCCGGGCCGCGUGUCCACGGAGGUGGAUGCGAGGCUCUCCUUUGACAAGGAGGCCAUGGUGGCCCGGGCCAGGCGGCUCAUCGAGCUCUACAAGGACGCCGGGGUCGGCAAGGACCGGGUUCUGAUCAAGCUCUCGUCCACCUGGGAGGGAAUCCAGGCCGGAAAGGAGCUGGAGGAGCAGCACGGCAUCCACUGCAACAUGACGCUGCUGUUCUCCUUCGCCCAGGCCGUGGCCUGCGCCGAGGCGGGCGUGACGCUCAUCUCCCCCUUCGUGGGGCGCAUCCUCGACUGGCACGUGGCCAACACGGACAAGAAAGUGUACGAGCCCCUGGAGGACCCUGGCGUGAGAAGUGUCACCAAGAUCUACAACUACUACAAGAAGUUUGGCUACAAGACCAUCGUCAUGGGUGCCUCCUUCCGCAACACGGGCGAAAUCAAGGCGCUGGCGGGCUGCGACUUCCUCACCAUCUCCCCCAAGCUCCUGGGGGAGCUGCUCAAGGACGGCAGCAAGCUGGCGCCCACGCUGUCGGUCAAGGCCGCCCAGGCCAGCGACCUGGAGAAGAUCCAUCUGGACGAGAAGGCCUUCCGCUGGCUGCACAACGAGGACCAGAUGGCCGUGGAGAAGCUCUCGGACGGGAUCCGCAAGUUUGCCGCCGACGCCGUGAAGCUGGAGCGGGUGCUGGCGGAGCGGAUGUUCAGCGAGAACGGGAAGUAGCCCGGGGCCGGGUCCUGGACGGCCCGGCGUGGAGCCCGGGUCUGAUUCACACGAGCCUGGUGACGGAUCUUGCAUUUUUUACUGAUUGGAGCAGGGACAGAUCACAGAUUUCUGAUUUUAUGCAAAACCUUUCACCUAAUGCAUUAAAUAGUCACAUUUUC